AUGAAGCUCAAGUCCGAACUCCUGGGAGGAUGCUGUUUUUUUAACUGGCUCUUGGGGUGAUGCUGUGUGGUUGUGCAAAGCCUGGAACAGUGAGGGCAUUAGGACCAGGAGCCAGACGCAUGUUUGGCUCCCAUUGUAUCUGGCAGAGGGUUCGUGCAGAGCUGGAGCUAUGUGUGAAAGGAAAUCAGGCAGUGCCUGCCGGCUUUACAUCUGUUGAUCUGACCUGACUCAAGUCGUCCAAAGGAGGGUGUCUGUCACCCUGGCUUGACGGAAUCCCCAGCAACUCGCCCCAGACAUCUCAUAGAAGUUAACCAUUCAUGCAGAGGGGGGAAGAAACAUGGGACUAACCACCAGAGCAGAGUGGACAAGAGCAGGCUGAGAAGGGAGCAAGCAAUACGGCUGCCGACCACCGGGAGACCCUUUUCAGAAGACAAUUAACAAAAUCCAGAAAGGACCCUGGCUGGCCCGGCUCCCAUGGCUUUCUGAUUCCAAGGGAAGUGGAUCUUACAAAUGCUGUUGGCAAAUGUCAGAUGGGAUAAAAGGAGCAGGUGACUGGAAAAAAGCCUCUCAACUGGAAUGAACAGCCCAGGUUCAAUGACAAGCUUGAAGGUACUUGGAGUACAACGAGGAAGCAGACCUGAUCAGGACCUGUUGCUUUGGGCAAGCGGCUGCGACAUGCUCCUAAGGAAGUGGCCCAGGAAUGGAUGUUGCAGGCUUCAGUUCCUCCUGCUCUUCCUGACACUGGGAUGUGUCCUGAUGAUGGUGACCAUGUUGCAUCCUCCCCCACCCACCCUGCACCAGGCUGUCACAGCCCAGACUGGCAGACACAGUUCUGACACUGGGGAUCCCCUGGUCUUUGGGGACUCCCAGGAAUGGGUUCUGGAGGCUGAGGAUGAGAGUGAGGAGUACAGCUUCUUGGAUGGUCUGCCACCCUUUAUCUCCCUGCAGGAGGAUCAGUUGCUGGUGGCUGUGGCCUCACCCAGGGCUAGGAGGAAUCAGAGCCAGGGCAGGAGACGAGGCAGCUACCAGUUCAUCAAACACCCGAGCAGGAGGCAGGAUGAGGAAGCCCCUGAGAGGGAUUGGAGGUCUGAGGGGGAUGGGGAGGAAUCAGAAGAGGCACUGCCCCCACUCAGCAUGAACUCAGAUGGCCUCAACAUGGCACUCAGUGCCCGCCUGCCCCUGAGGAGAGUCCUGCCUGAGGUGCGGCACCCAAUGUGUCUGCAGCAGCGUCCUGCAAGUGGCCUGCCUAGGGUCAGCAUCAUCCUGUGCUUCCAUGACGAGGCCUGGCCCACGCUCUUGAGAACCGUGCACAGCAUCCUGGACACAGCACCCAGGGCCUUGCUGCAGGAGAUCAUCCUUGUAGAUGACCUCAGCCAGCGAGAACAGCUGAAGUCUGCUCUCAGUGACUAUGUGGCCAGGCUGGAGACCGUGAAGUUGAUCAGGAGCAACAAGAGGCUGGGCACCAUCGGGGCCAGGAUGCUGGGGGCCACCAGGGCCACCGGGGACGUGCUGGUCUUCAUGAAUGCCCGCUGUGAGUGCCACCCUGGAUGGUUGGAGCCCCUCCUCAGCAGAAUAGCUGAUGACAGGAGCCGAGUGGUGUCUCCAGUCAUAGACGUGAUUGACUGGAAGACACUUCAGUACUCUCCAGCCCAGGAGCCGCAGCGAGGGGUGCUGGACUGGAAGUUGGAUUUCCGAUGGGAGCCUCUGGGGGAGCAGGAGCAGAAGGCCCGCCCAUCCCCCAUCAGCCCUAUCAGGAGCCCUGUGGUACCCGGAGAGGUGGUGGCCGUGGAUAGACAUUACUUCCAAAACACUGGAGCUUAUGAUCCUCUCAUGUCACUACAGGGUAGUGAAAAUCUUGAGAUGUCAUUCAAGGCAUGGCUUUGUGGUGGCUCCGUUGAAAUCCUUCCCUGCUCUCGAGUGGGACACAUCUACCAAAGCCAAGAUGCCAGCACCAGGACUGAUCCUGAGGUCAUUCUGAGAAGCAAGGUCCGAAUUGCUGAGACCUGGCUGGGGUCCUUCAAAGAAACCUUCUACAGGCACAUCCCAGAGGCCUUUGCCCAGAGCAAGGUUGCAAAGCCAGACUGCAUGGAACGCCUGAAGCUACAAAGGAGGCUGGGUUGUCGGACGUUCCACUGGUUUCUGGCCAAUGUCUACCCUGAGCUGUAUCCAUCUGAGCACAGACCCAGGUUCUCUGGAAAGCUCCACAACACUAGACUUGGCUUCUGUGCAGACUGCCAAGCAGAAGGGGACAUCCUGGGCUGCCCCAUGACAUUGGCCCCUUGCAGUAACAACCGGCAGCAACAGAACCUGCAACACACCAGCAGGAAGGAGAUUCUCUUUGGCAGUCCACGGCAGUUGUGCUUCGACAUCAGAGGAGAACAGGUGAUUCUGCAGAAGUGCACAGAGGAAGGCCCUACCAUCCAUCAACAGCACUGGGAAUUCCAGGAGGAUGGAAUGAUCAUCCACAUCCUUUCUGGGAAAUGCAUGGAAGCUGGGGUUCAACCAGACAAUAUGGAUCUGCACUUGAGUCAAUGUGAUGGUAAAAGCAGCCAGCUGUGGCAAUUCGACCAGGUCCACCCUGUGGAUGAACGAUGAGUAACAGUGAUGAAGAGCAAAACAAACACCGAGCAUCACCUUCCUGCUCCUGUGUGUCCCGAGCCAGUCCCCUGCACCUUGGCUUCUGGUGUAGUAGAGAAGAAAGUGCCAUAAAGGAAAUCAUAGAAAAUCUCUCCAUGUACCUUAUGACAUUUAUUGUUGCUGUUAUUUAGAAAGAAAAGCAAUGGCUUCUUUGUCUUCAUCACCAGACAUGAUCAUCGUGAAGUAGUGCAUAGUCUUUUCUUUCCCUACUGAGCAUUAACACUUGCUUUUAUCCCUGAUUGGGGGAAGAGGCAUAGGCAUUGUCUGACAUCACUUCCAGGAGACAUCAAAUGCAAUAGAUAAAUUUCUUCAAUCUCAUGCAGCACUUACUCAGAUGCUGUAUGUGGUCAGUCAUUAGAGUCAGAGAGUUGUGUAUUUAAUGGCCUGGCAGUCCCAAUAUUUUGAUUAGGCUUGCUAGAAUAUGUUUUGUGUUCAUUCAUUGAACCCAAGCUCAACAGGAAGCAGAAGGGAAUGGAGAGGAAUAGGGUGGGGCUGGGAAGAAGACAAAAUGGAGAUUUGUCUCCACUCUUCAGGACAUUUCUCCUGUAACUCUCUGUCUCCAUUCACCUGCUCUAGCUUUCUCUGGCUCAGUAAUACACAACCAGAUUUUCUUUCAAUGUAGUCCUUCUUCAGUCACCCAUGCUGGAAGGAUCAACACAUCUGUGCAUUCUCGUGAACAAAGGUAUCAUGGUAGAUAAACUCUCUUAAUGCCUACUCUCUUAAUGCUGGCUUGACGAGAUGUAACAACAUUUGAAAAGGGGUGACCCUCUCUUGAGGGAAAUGCCAGCAUCAGAGUCAAAAUCCUUACAAAGCAAAAUAGAUUUGGUUAUUAAAAGUUCCUGACACUUACCAGGGUCAUCUAUGAACCCACAAAGAUUGUCAGGGGUCCCCUAAAUGUGGCUUCUGGUUAAAUGCUCACAGUUGAGAGAAAUCCACCUCAAGCAGAGCAGAACCAAGGCACAGCUACAAUGGUUGCUGAGUGAGUUAGGGUGCAGUUGAGGAAUAAACAAAAAACAUUCUUGCUCAUUUCUCUCUGGAUGGAAUUAGCUCUCUAUAUGGUAAACUUAGAGACUUUGCACUAAAGAUACCUCUGACUGUUGGGCUAUUGUUUUAAAUAAGAACUGGGGAGUAAGUUUAUGUUCCUAAAAUAUCUGACAUAAUAUUUAUUCCUUCUCCAACUUCCAUGUCCAAUACCCACUGUGUUUCUCCCGCCUUAGAAUCACUCCAGACUAACGCUAUCCAAUAUGAUGGCCACAACCCAGUGUGGCCAUUUUGAUGGAAAUUCACUACAAUUCAGGAAAUUUUCAUACUGUUCCUUGAUUGCACUGGCUACAUUUCAAGUGUUCUACCGAACCUGAGAACACAGUUAUGAAAUAUCCCACCAACACAAACAGUAUUACUGAAUAGCACUGGCUAGACCCAUUCCUGUGUAGAGAAGAGAUUUUAGCCACCAUCUUCUUACUUCAGAUCUGUCUGUGUUUAAAACAAAUUCUUCUAAUAUGUUGAGGAAAGGAUGGAUCUUAAAGUUUUCAAAUGAUCACCUUGUAAAGGGCAGUAAUGAUUGAAGAGCAAACAUUUUUUAAAGAUCUCUAUUCUGAAAUGAACUCUGUUGUUAGCAUUGUGAGUAUUUGAAGCUGUUGGGAUAAAUUAAUAUAGUUAAACAAAAGACUAGAUUUUGUUGUGUGAGUUGUACUUCAUGGUGGUUACCAAAAGGACCCAGAUGGCUUAUUGGUUAACUGUUCUAACAAAAAAGAACGCGGUAUUUCUUGCUUCCUUUACUAUCCCCAUGAUUCAUUACUUUAUUACAGGAAUGGCUGUCAACUCAGUCCCUGGCUGGUACUUACAGAACCUUAAUUUAAACAAAACAGACAUGUGGUGAUAUAUUGUGUCCCCCAAUAUAU